CAGGGGCGGACUGACCAUUUGGAAACUCGGGCACUGCCCGAGGGCCCUGGGUCAGUAGGGGGCCCCAUGAGAUGCCCCUGGUACCUUUUUCAUAGACUUUUUUGAGUUUGGGCAAGGACGCAGGGGCCCCAUGAUCCCCUAUUGUCCGGGGGCCCCAUGAGCUGUCAGUCCACCCCUGAUAGAAACCUCAUCAGUGCCACCUCAUCAGUGCAGCCUAGCAGUGCUGCAUAUCAGUGCCCAUCAGUGCAGCCUCAUCAGCGCACA